ACGCCUCUGGGCUGAAUGGAGUGCGCCGUGCGCACAGUCCGAACUGCAGCGGAGCCAAACUUUUUUUUUCUUCUUUUUUUAACCUCAUUUGACGGGUUUUAAUAAGUAUCCAAUCGACAUUAUUGAGUCGCUUAAAGUCGAUUAAAUGCAGCGAUGACGCGAGAAGAAGAUCUCAUCCGGAUUGCAAAGAAACUGGACAAGAUGGUGUCUAGAAAUAACACGGAGGGCGCCAUGGACCUGCUGAAAGAGCUGAAAAGUUUCAAUAUGACACUCAAGCUUCUCCAGGAAACGAGGAUUGGUAUGUCUGUGAAUGGUAUCAGGAAGCACUGCACGGAUGAGGAAGUCAUCGCCUUGGCAAAGGUUCUCAUUAAAGACUGGAAAAGACUUCUGGACUCUGGCCAUUCUCACUCUGAGAAACCGGCUGAAAUGAAGAACGGAUUGGACUCCAGCAAAACAGCAGCGUCUCCAAACAGCUCACCCUCCGAGACACAGAGUAGGAAAGAUUCCUCUGACUCUAAACCACCACCUCCCAAAAAACCCAGUUUGGAUAUCAAAAAAGAAAAACACAGGAAGGACUCCAGCGACUCAAAGUCUGCCCAACCUGUGAAACGUCAUUCAACUGACUCCAAACCUGACAGACGGGAAUCCACUGAGUCAAAGAAAAGCAGCUCACUACCAGCAAAGGCGCUCACAGGUGAAAGGAGAGAGUCUCAGGGCUCUAAGACCUCUCAGCCUGCACCUCCACAGAGGAAGCCCUCAACUGACAGCAGUGAAAGAAAGGGAAAGAUCGAUGCCCCUAAAACUCCCACCACCCCGACCAGCCCCAUGUCACCCAGCUUCAGUUCUCCUGGGGGUCCACUGUCCCCUCACCUGGCUACUGGAGACUCCAUCAGGGACAAGUGCAUUGAGAUGCUGGCAGCUGCCCUGCGCACAGACAACGACUACAAAGAUUUUACAGCUAACUGUGACAGCAUGGCAGCAGAGAUUGAAGAUCAUAUCUACCAGGAGAUAAGGGCCACUGAUAUGAAGUAUAAGAACAGAGUCCGCAGCCGCAUCAGCAACUUGAAGGACCCCAAGAACCCUGGGCUUCGCAGAAACGUACUGGCAGGGAGCAUUGAGUUGAGGCGCAUUGCCACCAUGUCUGCUGAGGAAAUGGCCAGCGACGAGCUGAAACAGCUGAGGAACGUUCUCACUCAGGAGGCCAUCAGGGAGCACCAGAUGGCCAAAACUGGUGGCACCUCCACUGACCUGCUGCAGUGCGGCAAGUGCAAGAAGAGAAACUGCACCUAUAACCAGGUGCAGACACGCAGUGCUGAUGAGCCGAUGACCACGUUUGUCCUGUGUAAUGAAUGUGGUAACCGGUGGAAGUUCUGCUGAUGCCUUCCAGGCGAAACCACGUUUCUUUGUUUUGUUUUGUUUUGUUUUGUUUUUUCGGGGGUCAUUGAAUUGCAUAUUUUCUAUAAUGACAGGGAACGGCAUUUAUAAAUUAUUGCAACUAGUGAUUUAAAAACAGCAGUAUUCUUACAAUUUUUACUUGAAAUUUUGAGAUUUAUAAGCAUGUGCUAAUAAGAAGGGUUUGCUUUAUGUGGGUUUGAAGACUGAGCAUGAAUGUCAGUUUGAUGACUGAGUCAUUGAAUAAUCCAGUUGGAAGACAUUAACAAUGAUCAUGGUGCUAUCAUGAUGGAAACACAAUCAUAAUCCAGUUAAUAUGUUGUCAGGCAUAUUGCAGCUAUUCACUUGUAUAUAUCGAAUAACCAAUAAACUGCAUAAAUAAUCAGUAUGAUGGCUUUGUAAACUGUUUAAUAAAAAACAUUUGACAAUCA